CCCGAAUUUGAGCUUUGAGAGGAAGAGAUGGACACGGCUGUCGCCGGAGGAUUCUCUCUUCGGAACGGGAGCAAGGGGUUGGUCCUGAAGGCACUGCAGCUGCUUGCUGCAGCUGUGUUUGCUGGGUGGCUGAUGAUAUGGAUUGUUAUGCCUACAAACACAUACCGAAAUGGCUGGUCGCUACGGAUCCGCGCAGAGACCGACUCAACGUAUUUUGGACGGCAAGGUUCCAACAUCUUGAUCAACACAUUCCCGAUCUUAUUCAUCUCAGUUCUUGGCUGUCUUUAUCUCCACCUGGUGAAGAAAAGUGACACCUCCCAGAGCUCAAUUCAUCGUCUGGCAGCAUGGAAGAGGCCUGUGGCUGUGAAUUGGCCGCUUGGAAUAGUUUCCGGCGUAGAGUUAACCUUCUGCUUGAUGUUUCUGGUGCUUCUCGUCUGGUUCUACUCCACGUUCCUGGUCGCUAACUUCUCCCAGCUGCAUCAAACCGAUGAUGGAGUGAAGUUAUGGCAAGCUAGGCUGGACAUGGCGGCCGUAUGGUUGGGGUUUGUUGGAGACCUCUGCUGCGCCUUCCUCUUCUUCCCGGUUGCUCGCGGGUCGUCACUCUUGCCACUCCUUGGGCUCACCUCCGAGUCCAGCAUCAGAUAUCACGUUUGGCUUGGGCACAUCACCAUGGCUGUCUUCUCGGCGCAUGGCAUAUGUUAUAUAGUUUACUGGGCAGUCACCGACCAAAUUGAUAUGAUGGUGAAAUGGGACAACACGGGGACAGCCUAUGUGGCUGGAGAGAUAGCUCUGCUUGCGGGAUUGACUAUGUGGGCGAUGACGCUUCCUCGCAUCAGGCGCAAGAUGUUCGAGCUCUUCUUCUACACGCAUCAACUCUACAUCGUCUUCCUCUUCUUCUACCUGAUGCAUGUGGGAAUCUCUCAUUUCUGCAUGAUUCUUCCCGGUGUUUACCUUUUCAUGGUCGACCGCUACCUGCGGUUCCUGCAAUCAAGAACCAAGGUUAGGUUGGUCUCCGCACGCCUUUUGCCAUCUGAAUCCAUUGAGCUAAACUUCGCAAAGAGCCCAGGACUGACCUUUGAGCCUCUCAGCAUCAUCUUCAUCAACGUUCCGGGAGUUUCAUCACUUCAAUGGCACCCCUUCACUGUGAGCUCCAGCAGCAACUUGGAACCUGAGCGGCUGUCCGUAAUCAUCAAGAAAGAAGGAAGCUGGACUCAGAAGCUCUACAGAACAUUAUCUUCGCCGGUUCCACAAGAUCGCCUCGAUGUUUCGGUCGAAGGCCCAUAUGGUCCGGUGUCCAAGAACUUCCUAAGGUAUGAUUCCUUGAUACUAGUGAGCGGUGGCAGUGGAAUCACACCCUUCAUCUCUAUAAUUCGGGAGCUCAUCCACCAGAGGACAACUCUGAAUCGUCCAACCCCUGCCGUCCUCCUCGUAUGUGCCUUCAAGACAGCCGCCGACCUUACGAUGCUCGAUCUCCUCCUUCCUAUAUCUGGAAAUGUCUCGGACCUUUCUGGCUUGGAACUGCGAAUCGAAGCCUUUGUGACCAGAGAGAAAUCUGCCACGGAUGAGGCGCAAACCAACAUCCGAACCAUAUGGUUCAAGCCCCUUCCCUCUGACGUUCCCAUCGCUCCGGUGCUCGGUCCCAAUGGCUGGCUUUGGUUGGCUGCGAUAGUAUCAUCCUCUUUUGUUGCAUUCCUCGUACUUAUCGGCAUCCUCCAGCGUUACUACAUAUACCCAAUCGACCACAACACCAACCAAAUCUUCUCGUAUGCUUCGAGAUCUGUUCUAAAUUUACUUUUCAUAUGUAUCUGCAUAAUGGCGGCGGCAAGUGCAGCGGUUCUGUGGAACAAGAAAGGGAACUCAAAGGAAGCGAGACAGAUCCAGAAUAUAGAUGCACCGACACCGACAACGUCGCCCAGUUCCUGGUUCUACAAUGCGGAUAGAGAGCUUGAAAGCGUUCCGCAAGAGUCCCUUGUUAAAGCCACCAAGGUGCAUUUUGGUGGAAGACCACCUCUCAAGAAGAUGCUACUGGAGUUCGAUGGUUCUAAUGUUGGGGUGAUGGCCAGUGGUCCUGGUGGUUUGCGGCAUGAGGUAGCUGCCAUUUGCUCAUCAGGCCUGGCAGACAAUCUACAUUUUGAAUCCAUUAGCUUCAGUUGGUGAUGCUUGUACUGCUGUGUUGUUUGCUUGUGAACAAAAAUAAGCACAAGGCAAUGCCACAGUGCCAGAUGAGAAGAAAAAUUAUGCUGUAAUAUAUCGAUAAUUUGCAUACCUUGUAUUUUGUGA